AUGGAGGAAACCGUUUCAGACUCUGGGAUGAAGCGUCUGUGUGAGAUCCUGCAGAGUUCAGUCACUAAAGUCAAGACUUUAAGAUUCAGCCACUGCAGCUUGUCAAAGAUCAGCUGUGACGAUCCGGCCUCAGCUCUGACCUCCGACCCGUCAGGUCAACCUGGACUGCAGCUGAGCAACAACAACAUUUACAACAACAGCUACUACUACGACUACAACCUGGGAGAUGAUGGACUGAAGGAGAUCUGUGAUAUUCUGCAGGAUCCUGGAUGCAGAAUACAACGACUGCAGUUGAAGAAAUGCAGUUUGUCAGAGAUCAGCUGUUCUUCUCUGGCCUCAGCUCUGCAGUCCAACCAACAUCUGACUGAAGUGGAAAUAAAUGAGAUCAACAUGGAGGAAACCGUUUCAGACUCUGGGAUGAAGCGUCUGUGUGAGAUCCUGCAGAGUUCAGUCACUAAAGUCAAGACUUUAAGAUUCAGCCACUGCAGCUUGUCAAAGAUCAGCUGUGACGAUCCGGCCUCAGCUCUGACCUCCGACCCGUCAGGUCAACCUGGACUGCAGCUGAGCAACAACAACAUUUACAACAACAGCUACUACAACCUGGGAGAUGAUGGACUGAAGGAGAUCUGUGAUAUUCUGCAGGAUCCUGGAUGCAGAAUACAACGACUGCAGUUGAAGGACUGCAGGUUGUCAGAGAUCAGCUGUUCUUCUCUGGUCUCAGUUCUGACCUUUAACCCCUCCCAUCUGACUGAACUGGACCUGACCUGGAACGACCUGAAGGACCCUGGAGUGAAGGAGUUGUGUGGUUUCCUCCAGAACCCAGAAUGUAAACUACAGCGAUUACAAUUCAGCCACUGCAGCUUGUCAAAGAUCAGCUGUGACGAUCCGGCCUCAGCUCUGACCUCCGACCCGUCAGGUCAACCUGGACUGCAGCUGAGCAACAACAACAUUUACAACAACAGCUACUACUACGACUACAACCUGGGAGAUGAUGGACUGAAGGAGAUCUGUGAUAUUCUGCAGGAUCCUGGAUGCAGAAUACAACGACUGCAGUUGAGGAGCUGCAGGUUGUCAGAGAUCAGCUGUUCUUCUCUGGCCUCAGCUCUGACCUUUAACCCCUCCCAUCUGACUGAACUGGACCUGACCUGGAACGACCUGAAGGACCCUGGAGUGAAGCAGCUCUGUGUUUUCCUCCAGAACCCAGAAUGUAAACUACAGCGAUUACAGUUGGAGGGCUGCAGGUUGUCAGAGAUCAGCUGUUCUUCUCUGGCCUCAGCUCUGACCUUUAACCCCUCCCAUCUGAAUGAACUGGACCUGAGCAGGAACAACCUGAAAGAUCCUGGAGUGAAGCAGCUCUGUGUUUUCCUCCAGAACCCAGAAUGUAAACUACAGCGAUUACAGUUGAAGAAAUGCAGGUUGUCAGAGAUCAGCUGUUCUUCUCUGGCCUCAGCUCUGACCUUUAACCCCUCCCAUCUGAAUGAACUGGACCUGAGUUACAACGACCUGAAAGAUCCUGGAGUGAAGCAGCUCUGUGUUUUGCUCCAGAACCCAGAAUGUAAACUACAGCGAUUACAGUUGGAGAGAUGCAGUUUGUCAGAGAUCAGCUGUUCUUCUCUGGCCUCAGCUCUGACCUUUAACCCCUCCCAUCUGAAUGAACUGGACCUGAGCUGGAACAACCUGAAAGAUCCUGGAGUGAAGCAGCUCUGUGUUUCCUCCAGAACCCAGAAUGUAAACUACAGCGAUUACAGUUGAUCGACUGCAGGUUGUCAGAGAUCAGCUGUUCUUCUCUGGCCUCAGCUCUGACCUUUAACCCCUCCCAUCUGACUCAUCUGGACCUGAGCAGGAACAAGCUGAAGAUUCAGACGUUCAGCAGUUGAAGCGUUUUGUAAAGGAUGUUCAGUGGAAGUGGUAAUGAGCUUUAUAAUGGACAGAAUCGUCUCUGUGGGGGGUCGUUUCCAUGGCAACCAGCAUGGACUCCUGACUCUUAUUGGUUGAGACGUCGGCUGGACUUCCUGAUCCGUCCAGGAAGUUGCAACAAGUCAACACGGUUAUGGAAUAAUAAUCUGAGUUAAUCCUCACCUGCAGACGACCAGGUUACAUGGUGGAGUGUCCUAGUCAAAGCCCGGAGCGAACCCUGACUGAGAGCUGAUGUUCUCCAUCCAUCCUGUUUCAUAAACAUCAAAGUUUUUUCUCUUUGAUGGAAAUUAUUCCUGAUUCUGAUGGA